AUGAGCCGGCCCCCGCCGACGGGGAAGAUGCCCGGCGCCCCCGAGGCCGUGUCGGGGGACGGCGCGGGCGCGAGCCGCCAGAGGAAGCUGGAGGCGCUGAUCCGAGACCCUCGCUCGCCCAUUAACGUGGAGAGCUUGCUGGAUGGCUUAAAUUCUUUGGUCCUUGAUUUGGAUUUUCCAGCUUUGAGGAAAAACAAAAAUAUAGAUAAUUUCUUAAAUAGAUAUGAGAAAAUUGUGAAAAAGAUUAGAGGUUUACAGAUGAAGGCAGAAGACUACGAUGUUGUAAAAGUUAUCGGAAGAGGUGCUUUUGGUGAAGUCCAGUUGGUUCGUCAUAAAGCAUCACAGAAAGUUUAUGCUAUGAAGCUUCUUAGUAAGUUUGAAAUGAUAAAAAGAUCAGAUUCUGCUUUUUUCUGGGAGGAAAGAGAUAUUAUGGCCUUUGCCAACAGUCCCUGGGUGGUUCAGCUCUUUUGUGCCUUUCAAGAUGAUAAGUAUCUGUACAUGGUAAUGGAGUACAUGCCUGGUGGAGACCUUGUAAACCUUAUGAGUAACUAUGAUGUACCUGAAAAAUGGGCCAAAUUUUAUACUGCUGAAGUUGUUCUUGCUUUGGAUGCCAUACACUCCAUGGGUUUAAUUCACAGAGAUGUGAAGCCUGACAACAUGCUCUUGGAUAAACAUGGGCAUCUAAAAUUAGCAGAUUUUGGCACAUGUAUGAAGAUGGAUGAAACAGGCAUGGUGCAUUGUGAUACAGCAGUUGGAACACCCGAUUAUAUAUCACCUGAGGUCCUGAAAUCACAAGGGGGUGAUGGUUACUAUGGGCGAGAAUGUGAUUGGUGGUCCGUGGGUGUUUUCCUUUUUGAGAUGCUGGUGGGGGAUACUCCAUUUUAUGCAGAUUCACUUGUAGGAACAUACAGCAAAAUUAUGGAUCAUAAAAACUCACUAUGUUUCCCUGAAGAUGCAGAAAUUUCUAAACAUGCGAAGAAUCUCAUCUGUGCCUUCUUAACAGAUAGGGAGGUACGCCUUGGAAGAAAUGGAGUAGAAGAAAUCAAACAACAUCCUUUCUUUAAGAAUGAUCAGUGGAAUUGGGAUAACAUAAGAGAGACUGCUGCUCCUGUGGUACCUGAACUCAGCAGUGACAUAGACAGCAGCAAUUUUGAUGACAUUGAAGAUGAUAAAGGAGAUGUAGAAACCUUCCCAAUUCCUAAGGCUUUUGUGGGAAAUCAGCUACCUUUUAUAGGAUUUACGUACUAUAGAGAAAAUUUGUUACUAAGUGAUUCUCCAUCUUGUAAAGAAAAUGACUCAAUACAAUCAAGGAAGAAUGAAGAGAGUCAAGAGAUUCAGAAAAAACUGUACACAUUAGAAGAACACCUUAGCACUGAGAUUCAAGCCAAAGAGGAACUAGAACAGAAGUGCAGAUCUGUUAAUACUCGCUUAGAGAAAGUGGCAAAGGAGUUAGAAGAAGAGAUUACCUUAAGGAAAAAUGUGGAAUCAACAUUAAGACAAUUAGAAAGAGAAAAAGCACUUCUUCAGCACAAAAAUGCAGAAUAUCAGCGGAAAGCUGAUCAUGAAGCAGACAAGAAGCGAAAUUUGGAGAAUGAUGUUAACAGUUUAAAAGAUCAGCUUGAAGAUUUGAAAAAAAGAAAUCAGAACUCUCAGAUAUCCACUGAGAAAGUGAAUCAACUCCAGAGACAACUGGAUGAAACCAAUGCUUUGCUGCGAACAGAAUCUGAUACUGCAGCCCGGUUAAGGAAAACACAGGCAGAAAGUUCAAAACAGAUUCAGCAAUUGGAAUCUAACAAUAGAGAUCUACAAGACAAAAAUUGCCUGCUGGAGACCGCCAAGUUAAAACUUGAAAAGGAAUUUAUCAAUCUUCAGUCAGUUCUAGAAUCUGAAAGGAGGGACCGAACCCAUGGAUCAGAGAUUAUUAAUGAUUUACAAGGUAGAAUAUCUGGCCUAGAAGAAGAUGUCAAGAAUGGUAAAAUCUUACUAGCAAAAGUAGAGCUGGAGAAGAGACAACUACAGGAGAGAUUUACUGAUUUGGAAAAGGAAAAGAACAACAUGGAAAUAGAUAUGACGUACCAACUAAAAGUUAUACAGCAAAGUUUAGAACAAGAAGAAACUGAACAUAAGGCUACAAAAGCACGGCUUGCAGACAAAAACAAAAUUUAUGAAUCCAUUGAAGAAGCCAAAUCAGAAGCCAUGAAAGAAAUGGAGAAAAAGCUCUUGGAGGAAAGAACUUUAAAACAGAAAGUAGAGAACUUGUUGCUGGAGGCUGAGAAAAGAUGCUCUAUAUUAGACUGUGACCUCAAACAGUCACAGCAGAAAAUAAAUGAACUCCUCAAACAGAAAGAUGUGCUAAAUGAGGAUGUUAGAAAUUUGACAUUAAAAAUAGAACAGGAAACUCAGAAGCGCUGCCUUACACAAAAUGACUUGAAGAUGCAAACACAGCAAGUUAAUACACUAAAAAUGUCAGAAAAGCAGUUAAAGCAAGAGAAUAAUCAUCUCCUAGAAAUGAAAAUGAGCUUGGAAAAACAGAAUGCUGAACUUCGAAAAGAACGUCAAGAUGCAGAUGGACAAAUGAAAGAGCUCCAGGAUCAGCUUGAAGCAGAGCAGUAUUUCUCAACCCUCUAUAAAACACAGGUUAGGGAACUUAAGGAAGAAUGUGAAGAAAAGACCAAACUUUGUAAAGAAUUACAGCAGAAGAAGCAGGAAUUGCAGGAUGAAAGGGACUCCUUGGCAGCUCAACUGGAGAUUACCUUAACCAAAGCAGAUUCUGAGCAAUUGGCUCGUUCAAUUGCUGAGGAACAGUAUUCUGAUUUGGAAAAAGAGAAGAUCAUGAAAGAGCUGGAGAUCAAAGAGAUGAUGGCUCGGCACAAACAGGAACUCACCGAAAAAGAUGCUACUAUUGCAUCUCUUGAAGAAACUAAUAGGACACUAACUAGUGAUGUUGCCAAUCUUGCAAAUGAGAAAGAAGAAUUAAAUAACAAAUUGAAAGAAGCCCAAGAGCAACUGUCAAGGUUGAAAGAUGAAGAAAUAAGUGCAGCAGCUAUUAAAGCACAAUUUGAGAAGCAGCUGUUAACAGAGAGGACACUCAAAACUCAAGCUGUGAACAAGUUGGCUGAGAUCAUGAAUCGAAAGGAACCUGUUAAGCGUGGUAAUGACACAGAUGUGCGGAGAAAAGAAAAGGAGAAUAGAAAGCUACAUAUGGAACUUAAAUCUGAACGUGAAAAACUGACCCAGCAGAUGAUCAAGUAUCAGAAAGAACUGAAUGAAAUGCAGGCUCAAAUAGCUGAAGAGAGUCAGAUUCGAAUUGAACUACAGAUGACACUGGACAGUAAGGACAGUGACAUUGAGCAGCUGCGCUCCCAGCUCCAGGCCUUGCACAUUGGUUUGGAUAGUUCCAGUAUAGGCAGUGGACCAGGGGAUACUGAAGCUGAUGAUGGCUUUCCAGUUCAUAUCACUCAGUCACACACUAUGGAAUCCAUGUCAUUCACCUACCAACGUUCCUCCACUUCUCUCAAUAUUGCCACUAAGCCUUCCAGUUCUCAUAUGCUUCUUGACUCUGAUUCUGACUCAGAAGAAGAAUCUGUUCCUUACUUACCUAUUUCAUCGGAACCUAAUGGUACAGAAUCAAGACUAGAAGGAUGGCUUUCAUUGCCUGUGCGAAACAACACUAAGAAAUUUGGAUGGGUUAAAAAGUAUGUGAUUGUAAGCAGUAAGAAGAUCCUUUUCUAUGACAGUGAACAAGAUAAAGAACAAUCUAAUCCUUACAUGGUUUUAGAUAUAGACAAGUUAUUUCAUGUCCGACCAGUUACACAGACAGAUGUAUAUAGAGCAGAUGCUAAAGAAAUUCCAAGGAUAUUCCAGAUUCUGUAUGCCAACGAAGGAGAAAGUAAGAAGGAACAAGAAUUUCCAGUGGAGCCAGUGGGAGAAAAAUCAAAUUAUAUUUGCCACAAGGGACAUGAAUUUAUUCCUACUCUCUAUCAUUUCCCAACCAACUGUGAGGCAUGUAUGAAGCCAUUGUGGCACAUGUUUAAACCCCCUCCUGCUUUAGAGUGCCGUCGCUGUCAUAUUAAAUGUCAUAAAGACCACAUGGACAAAAAGGAGGAAAUUAUAGCGCCUUGCAAAGUGUAUUAUGAUAUUUCAUCGGCAAAGAAUCUAUUGUUAUUAGCAAAUUCUACAGAAGAGCAGCAAAAGUGGGUUAGUCGGUUAGUGAAAAAGAUACCUAAAAAGCCUCCAGCUCCAGACCCUUUUGCACGGUCGUCUCCUAGAACAUCAAUGAAAAUACAACAAAACCAGUCUAUUCGACGGCCAAGUCGACAACUUGCUCCAAACAAACCAAGAUUGCUUGAUUUGGCAUUUAAAGACUGGGAUUGGUCAUUUGAUGAUGUUGAUGGUGGUGAUGAUGAUGACGAUGUUUUUGAUUUCUGAAGAAGUUAAAUGGGCUAACUGCCUUCUGUGAAUGCAGUCAUCAUUCAAGGUGAUCAUAUUCUUCCAGUUGAAACAAGACUGAAAUAUGAUGGCCCGAAAUUUAUUAAAAAGUUAUAUUUUCCUGAGAGACUAAUACACAUAUAUAUUCCCUCUAUUCCUGCAAUAUAAAUUCUAAAUCUUGGAUAGGUUUUCUGGGCUCCUUUGGAGCAACAAGUUGAACCAACAGUGAUUGGUUAAUAGAAUAAGAAUAUCAUGUGCAACUCUUCCAGACUUGUUCCGUAAAGCUCUCCUAGCAUCACUCACACUACAUUGCAUAAAGAAUUUAGAAGAGUUACAGAAAUCAUCUUUGCAGCUUCAACAGAGAGAUUUCACCAGCACAUUUGCCAGAAGAAUCUGGGAAUGAAUGGAUUCCACUACAGUGAUAGAGACUGCAUCUUUAAGAAGUGACCAUUGUAUUGUGUGUGUGAAAACACACACAUGCAUACAUACACACACACACAUAGUACUGUAAUACUGCAAGAGGGUUUUUUAACUUCCCACUUUAUUUUUUUAUAAACAUUAAUCAGAUACCAUUACUUACUGCAGUUGCAACUAUGCACUUGUAUAAAGCCAUAAUGUUGGAGUUUAUAUCACUCAUUGUGUGUACCUGCUGGAAGCUGCAUGUUCAUGUUUAAGCAAUUAUUGUAACAAGAAAUUUGAAGUUAAUUAUAUCAGUUUCUUAAUGCUUCGUAAUAGGCAACUUUACCCAUUUUGAAUGCCUUAAUUUAAUUUUUUUUCAAGAUAUCCACCCUUUCCUGUAUUUAAAACAAAAAGUAUUUACCAGCUCUUAGGAUGCAAAUUUGCUUUGCAGAAGAAAAUUAGUGCACUAUUUUUACACAUAGUAGCUAUCAUUGUCGGCCUAUUUUGAUUGUAUAACAGAAUUUUGUUUUAAGUAUUGGUGAUAGAAACAGUAAUGGGUAGUAUUGGAACUAAUAUAUCUUUUAUGUAUAUCUAUUACUCAUCAAACCCCUUUUACAGACCUCAGUAUUAGUGUGUGACUAUGAAACAGUUUCUUUGCUUUUAAUUUGCUGGCUACUCUAGGUGUGUUUUUAUUUCUGAUAAAGACAUUUGUGACUUUUUAUAUUUUCACACUCAAGAUUCAAAAAAUUAUCUCAAAUACAAAGAAAACUAAGACAUACUGUAGAUAUAUUUUAAGUAUUUAAGUGUGAUCCCGUAAACACAUGACUGUGUAUGGCAGCAUUUCAUUAUUGUGGCUGGGAAGCAGUGGCCUCAAAGGCACUUCAAUUAUUAUUUUUUUAAAUGCUAUUCAAGUUACAUACAGUUUAUGCAGGACUAUUCCUGCUUUAUUUCUCAUUAUCCCAGAAAAGUAUAUGUUUUGUACUGCUACAGUAUACAUCAGUGGUAAGAAUCAAGUAAAGAAAAAUUCUGUGGUCUUCUAUCAUCCUCUCUGUGUAUAUACAUGUGCACAGUUUGGCAUAAUACCGAGAUACACCAUCCAAUAUUUCUAUGAAGGAAGUAGACAUUUUUCAUUGAUUCCAUCUGGGGUCAGUGUUGAGGUGUUUAUAAAGAGUUAGAUCCCCAAUUAUAGAUACUGUUGUGGAAAUUGAAGAGUGGCCUUUGGCUGCUGAUGUACUGAAACUGAAUCUUGUUAUUACGUUAUCCAGGCUGCACUCUUCCAUGCUGUCUGUGCUAAAACUAGAUAUGCAUGCCAUUUCCCUUGCAGGUAUGUUCUGGUUCGGGGGCACAGCUUUUUUUUUAAAGU